AUGAAUGAGGGACCACCGGGCGCGGCGGAGCCACCCGGCACAGCGGGGAGCACGGGCGGCGGCGAGGGGAGCCACCGGGCGCGCGGGGACCACUCCGGCACGGUGGGGGAACGCACCGGCGCGCGGGGGCCAGCUUGGAGCCACGGCCGUGGGGGCGCGGCGGAGCACCGGGCGGCCGGGAGUCCCACCCGGGCACGGUGGGGGCCGGCGGGCGAGCCACCGGGCGGCGCGGGGGCGCGCGGGCCAACCGGGCGCGCGGGGCGAGGCCACCGGGCACGGUGGGGGCGCGGCGGGGAGCGCCACCGGCGCGGCGGGGAGCCACCGGGCCGGGUGGGGGGCGCGCGGGGAGCCACCGGCGGCCGGCGGGGCCGGCCGGGGAGCCACCCCGGGCGCUGCGGGGGACCACCGGCGGCGGGCGGGGGGGGGGCACCACCCGGGCACGGUGGGGGCGCGGUCGGGGAGCCACCGUGCCGCGGGCGGGAAGCCCACCGGGCGCGGCGGGACCACGCCGGCGCGGCGGGAGCCACACCGGACGCGCGGGGACCACCGGGCACGUGGGUCUCGUCAUGGGAGCCAACGGGCGCGCGGGGACCACCCGGUGCGGCGAUGGGCCGUGUGGGUGGGUUGUGCAGUAACAUGUAG